AUGGUUAAGUUUAAAGGUAGGUGUUCAUUGAAACAAUACAUGCCCAAAAAACCUAUUAAGAGGGGGUUCAAAAUAUGGGCCAGAUGUGACGUCAAAACUGGGUACUUACACCAAUUUGAAAUAUAUACUGGAAAGGGUGAUAGUAUUGAGAAUGAAGGUCUGGGCUACAAUGUCGUGAUGAAACUCGGCAACAAUCUCCCCAUGAAUACACUAGUAGUGUUUGAUAAUUUCUUCACUGGUUGUAAUUUACUGGAACAGCUAUAUGAUAAACAUAUUUAUGCUGUAGGAACAGUAAGAUCAAAUCGAAAAGACCUCCCAGAAACGAUGAAGAAACAACCAAAACCGUUACGACUAAACAAACAUGAAUUCUCGGCAUUGACAUCAGAACCUAUCACAGCAAUAAAAUGGCUUGACACAAAAGAAGUCACAUUGCUUACCACAGCACAUCAACCAUUGGACAUUAUGUAUGUGAAAAGAACUCAAAAAGAUGGUUCAAGAGCAGAAGUUCUUUGCCCGAAAGCAAUUGCUUCUUACACAAUGAGCAUGGGCGGGGUGGAUCUAUUUGAUCAUUACAGGUCCUCUUACUCAAUCAACCGGAAAUCUCGAAAGUUUUGGAUGCGUCUAUUCUUUUUCAUGUUUGAUGCAUCCAUCAUUAACUCAUAUAUAACGUACAGUGCAACACACGCUGUAACAGCACAUUCACACCGUGAAUUUAGACUGCGUUUGGCACGUGCGCUAAUAAACAAUUAUUCACAAAAAAAAAACACGCCCAAGUGUACCCUUUACAAGCAAGAAAGGGGGGGGGGGAGGGUAUUCGAAGUGCCGGAAGAAAUUCGUUUAUUGAAUAUAGGUACACACAUGCCCCAAGAAAGUAACACAAGAGAUGCCGGUUCUGCAGCACAAAAAAACAGAAGAAAAGAACCAAAUUUAUGUGCUCCACUUGCACCGUGCCUCUAUGCAUCAAAAGAUGCUUUCAAAACUUUAAUACCACUGCAACAGAAUAGCCUAGAAUUACUUUGA